GCUAGCUAUAGAAAGUCACAACGCUCUUUUACAUUUCUUCCAUUCAUGUUAUAGUUACCAGUAUUUAACUGAUAUCAAAAUAUCAAAAUAUCAAAAUCUUCCAAGUCUUCUUUUCAAGUUUAUCUUCAAUAUUACCCUACCUACUCCAACUUGCAGCCUCUCAAUAUCACUCACAUUCAAGGGCUAAGAAAGGAAGUGUCCAGAAUGGAUAUAGAUUAUACCCCCAUAUUCAAAUUGGAAGAGCUCGAAGCCCAUCUUCAGGAGCUGGUUAAAUCUCCAGAUGUUCCAAUCGAUACGAAACUCUUCGAUGCAGUAGAGCUACAGCUGACAGGUGUGUACUUGUUUGUUUUAUAUUCUGACAGAGCUCUGAAUCAAGCCGCCGUGUUACACAAUCUUUGACGGCUUCUAAUCUCCUCUUAGAAUACAACAUUUCUCCGCUGAUCCCUAAGUUACUCCCUACCAUCACUCAGAUCCUCCUUACCACGCAACAAGACCCUACCGCAAUCGCCAGUCUAUCUGUAAAGUUAUUACAGCCAAUCACAUUUCCUCAAGCGCUCAAAUUGGCUUCUGAGGACGCACUAAUUAUCGCACUUCGAUCUCCCAUACCUGCUGCGAAUAUUCUCGCCAUCACAAUCAUUGAAAAGGCUACUAAAAGCUCCACAGAUGUCGCAAGCUUAGCUAGCAUGAGAGGAGUGGUCGAGAAUUACAUCCGAACAUGGCUUAGCAGCCCUCAUGUCGGAGUUGGUGAAAAGGCUACACAAGUACUUGCAAAACUCUUGGAGGUUGACUCUGUCCGAGAGUUAGCACAUAUCACAAGAGGAAUAGGAAACAUCGAUAUUGAUUCCCAGCGACCACCUGGCCAGGGGGCGCUUUGGCGACGAAUAUUUCAGGACGUCGAAAUCUACAAAAUGCUUUUCUCUUUCUGUAGCUUGAAGAAUAGCGGAAAUGGCGACGGUCAAUUGGAUGAGAUGCAAAAGACACUCGCUCAGGCUCGUCUAUUGAGAAUUCUUCCUCGUUUGGCAACUGUCGAUUUUGAUUACUUGACCAGGUCGACAUUAGGCCACAUAGACAGAGAAUACAUACCACAGGAUGACGGAGAACUUGGUUUAUUGUAUUUCGCGGCAACGAAAAUGGUGGAUAAAGAAGACUUGCUUAUGCAUAUGACAUUGACAAUUUUCUCCUUGGAGUUACUGGAAGCACUUAGUACUGUGGACUGGCUCUUCGGCCCUAGGCAGUCUUAUGUUGCUGAAAUGAUGAGAAAAGCCAUGGAGUCAGACGUGGAAUUACGUCAAUCGAUUGAGGGUCUCACUCUAUCGCCAAAUUCAACACCAGAAACGAAAGAACUGAUAACUUCUUUGAAGCUACUCUCCUAAAAGUGGCAGCUAAUCAAGCCAACAGAAUGAUACCAAGGGCACAAUUCAUAGCUUGAACCAUAUGUUUUGCAAAACUCAAUCAGCACGGCCUCUGUUUCUCUCGUGUGUAACCUGUGGUUAAGGGGGCAUCGCUAGAGAAUGAAUGACUGACAACAUAGCAUAAUGGCAAUAUCCUUGAGGUAGUCGAAAAGAGAUGGAAAAAACUCUUGUCACAUGCUGACUGCAGGUUGCAUGGAGGUUUGGCCCCUCGAUGCUACACUCAAAUUGCUACGUUGAGAGCGCUUGGUACUGCUGAUAUCAAUACUCCAAGCAUUAGGUGAUUGGUACAGCAAAGGAAAUGGACAUGUUGCAUGAUAUUACCCGGAUUUCACUUUUCUGCAGUCAUAUCUGAUGAUAGCAAUAUAUUGUUAUUGUAGCAAUCGAGUUUAGUGGUUGUUUGAUGAUCCAUUAACAAGAUACCCAACAAUGUCGAAAAAUUCUUAUAGUUCAAUUUUUAACCAAUCAUUCCAAAUCUUCUAGUGCUAUUUUUUUGUCCAGCAUUUGAUAUUCCC